CACACACUGCUGCAGGUAGUAGCUCCGCCCCCUUCACUUCGCCGUUCAAACACAAUAACGGCCGCGCCGCUGCUCCGGUUCUGUCUCCCGGUCCCGCCGGUGUCCUCCUGUCCUCAUGUCCUCAGGUUGUCCGCAGGUCACAGAUCAGUGAGUGUCUGACCUUUGACCUUUGGUCGUGGCCACAGUGACAUUCUGUGGAGGAGGUGAUGAGGAGGAGGAGGAGGAAGACGAGACGUUACCACAGGUCACCUGCACAUGGAUUACACAACAGAGAACGUUUGGGAUUAAAAGUCAAAAACAAAGAAAUGUUUAACUAAAGAACACGUUUGUGGAAAAUCUUUUUUCUGCUGGAGGAAAAUGUCUUUUUUUUACUUUGACACAUGAACUAAUGAUGGGAAGUUAAUCCCUGCAGGAAGAAAAGCCGUGAGAGUGAGUUGGAAAAACAAAGAAAAAGAGAGAGAACAUGUCGUGGAAGAGGAACUACUUUGCGUCAGGCAGCACUGGAGGCAGCGGAGUCUGCAGCGGAGUCUGCAGCGGAGUCUGCAGCAGCGUGGACCAAAUCCUGGCGCCUCGCACAACCACGUCCAUCGCUCCCAGUAAAGGUCUGAGCAACGAGCCGGGACAGAACAGCUGUUUCCUGAACAGUGCCCUGCAGGUCCUGUGGCACCUCGACAUCUUCCGGCGCAGUUUCCGUCAGCUGACGACUCACAGGUGCAUGGACGACUCGUGCAUCUUCUGUGCUCUGAAGAGCAUCUUUGCUCAGUUUCAAUACAGCAGUGAGAAGGUCUUACCGUCUGACGCUCUCCGCAGAGCGCUCGCCAAAACCUUCCAGGACAAGCAGAGGUUUCAGCUCGGCAUCAUGGACGACGCUGCAGAGUGCUUUGAGAACAUCUUGAUGAGGAUUCACUUCCACAUUUCAGACGAGAGCAGUGAAGACAUCUGCACGGCCCGACACUGCAUCUCCCACCAGAAGUUUGCCAUGACGCUCUUUGAACAGUGUGUGUGCAGCAGCUGUGGAGCUUCCUCAGAUCCUCUGCCCUUCAUUCAGAUGGUUCACUACAUCUCCACCACCUCUCUGUGUAACCAGGCAGUGAAGAUGUUGGAGUCGAGGGAGAAGGCGACUCCCAGCAUGUUUGGGGAGCUGCUGAGAAACGCCAGUAUGGGAGAUCUGCGGAAGUGUCCUAGUCAGUGUGGUCAGCAGCUCAGAAUGGCUCGCGUGCUCCUCAACAGUCCAGAGAUCAUCACCAUCGGCCUGGUGUGGGAUUCAGAUCACUCUGACCUGGCUGAGGAUGUCAUCCACACCCUGGGAACCUGCCUCCACCUGGGAGACCUGUUUUACAGGGUGACCGAGGAGAAGGCCCGUCAGUCAGAGCUCUACCUGGUGGGCAUGGUGUGUUACUACGGCAAACAUUACUCCACCUUCUUCUUCCAGACAAAGAUCCGACGAUGGAUGUAUUUUGACGACGCUCAUGUCAAAGAGAUUGGUCCCAAAUGGAAGGACGUGGUGUCUCGCUGCAUUAAAGGACAUUACCAGCCUCUGCUGCUGCUCUAUGCUGACCCCCAGGGGACACCAGUGUCAGUGCAGGACCUGCCCCCCCACCUCCACCUGCACCACAUCAACAAGGCCUGUUAUGACAGUGAAGACUCGGGCCGUGAGCCGUCAAUCUCCAGCGACACUCGCACCGACUCGUCCGUGGAGAGCUCCUCAUGCCGACAGUCCUCGCUCUCUCACGAUGAGUCGCUGGCCGCUCGCUGCUCGUCUGACUCCCAGGGAACCGCCAUCUGCACCGGGCGCCAGCUGCACCCCCCGCUACACGCCUCGCUCUGCAGCCUGGAGGCCAUAGGCCAGGCGACAAACUCUGAGCAGCACCCGUCUCUGAAGAAGGGAGGCGGGGCCAGGGAUAGGAGGCGGAGCUCUAGCUACACCCGGCGAUCUAAACCCGACAACGAAGCCUCGUCAGCUGGUUACCACAGCGAGGGAGAGUCGUUGAAAGAGCAGCAGGUUCUUCGUCAGCAUCUGAAACCGUCUUCGUCCUCCUCAUCCUCGACCAGUCGUCUCAGAGACUUCAGAGAGACGAUGAGCAACAUCCUCCACAGCCGGACACUGUCCUCGUCCUCGUCUUUACCUGCCGCCGUCCUCUCCUCUGAAAUUACCUCCUCCUCCUCCUCCCAGCAUCACCACCAUGCUCCUCCCUCCUCCUCCUCCUCUCAUAACCCUCACCACUGUGAGGCAGAGUCCUCUGAAGGGACAGGGUCAGGGAGGUUCCGUCCAGCGUGGAAGCCCAGGAGAGAAGUCCUCAACAUCGACAGCAUCUUCACCCGUGAAAGACGACGUCAGGCAGGAUACAGUCCACUCGCUGCAGCCGCCGCCACCGCUGCAGCCCUUCCUGACGACUGUAGAGACUUCUCGGCUCAACAGGAGGCGCUGUCUCUGAGGACAGGGACCUCCUGGACUCUGCCCGCUGUCUCGAGCAGCCACAGAGCAGCAGGAGGAGGAGCUGCAGAGCUGCCUCCUCUUGCUCCGCCCCCUCCUCCUCCCAGACUCAUCCAGAGGAUGGAGAGUGGAUAUGAGAGCAGCGAGAGGAACAGCAACAGUCCCAUCAGUGUGGACCUGAAACUGGGAGACAGGGAGUGUGCUGUGAAGAAGAUCUCCUCCUCCUCUGGACCAUCGUGGAGGAACCUGAGGUCGAAGAGCAGCAGUGCUCUGCUGCAGGAGCUCAGCUCUACCAGCAGAGAGAGCCAUGCAGCGUCCCCUGCAGGCCGCACCGAGCUGGACCAGCUGCAGGAGGAGGUGCAGAGGAGAGCCAGGGAGGAGGAGCAACAACGACGCCAGGAGAAGGAGGAUGAGGCGGAGCUCGGGUUCAACCCACAACCCAGCAAAUACCUGGACCUGGACCAGCUGCAGAUCCAGGGUAAAGGCAGCAGCUUGGAGCGGUGUGUGUCGGAGGCGGAGCUUCUGUUGGACCAGUCCGUGCGUCUGGAGCAGGCGGGCGAGGUCGCUGCUGCUCUGUCAGCUAUCAAUGAAACAGUUUCCAAACUGCGGCCUGUGGCGGCAGAGGGCGGAGCUAGUAGUCACAGACGGCUGCAGCGCUGCAUGAGGAGAGCGCGUAGUCUGCAGCAGCGCCUCCUGCUGGAGGAGCAGCAGCAGCAGCGCCUCCUGCUGGAGGAGCAGGAACAGGAGGAGCCCAGUGAAGAGCCUCUCUCGCUCCAAAUACUUCUGACCCACAGAAAAGGCGAUCGAGCUGUCAGUCAGGACCAGCAGUCCCCGCCUCUCCUUCCCCCAAAACCAUUGUCGUCUGACCUCGCCUCUGUUGCUGUGGCCCCUCCCACUGGUGACAGCAGGACUGUGGGCCCCUGCUCUCUCAAUGGAAAGCUCCGAAAAUAUGAAGCGCCGCCCACUCCACCUAACCCCAUGUCUGCACAAGACCCACCCUCACCCAGGCCACACCCCCAAACCUUGUCAUCUCUUGGCACCAGCAUUGAGAGUCGUGUGUCCAUAGUAGCUCCGCCCCCUGUCACAUGUUUACACCUGGACACACCUGCUGAUGAUUUUCCUGUUCCCACUGACUCACUCUCUCAAGCCCCACCUCCUCUUACAAGCCAGUGGGGUCAAAGGUCAUCUCCAUCCCACAACCCUCACCCCAGAGCCGCCGCCCAUCCCGUGGAGCGCUGGGCAGAAAAUGUCAACAGAUACUACAACACCCAGAAUGCAGCAGGAGGAGCAGCAGCAGCGCCCCCUGGUGAGGAGGAGCUGUCAGAGUUGGACUCACUGUACCAGGCCAGUCUGCUGGCUCCCAGCAUGCACCGGGGCAGCCGCAGACUCGCUCCUCAGACAAACGCCUACAAAUCAGGAGGUUCUGAACGCUCCAAAACACCAACAGCAGAGAUGGAGAGAGUCGCCUACAGAACCGUGGUUCCACCUGUGCACAAGCCUCCACCUGGUGAAGACGAGAACUACAGCGCAGAAAACCUGCGACGCAUCGCCCGAACUCUGAGUGGAACCAUCAUUGGGUCACGACCCAAACACAUGGGUGUUUCCUACAGCUGUGAACCCUCUGGGCAGAACCUAGAGGGUAUCGGACACACCCACCUUUACUCCUCCCUCCCCCGUCGCUCCAGCUCCUCCUCCCUGCACCACGGCCCCUCAACUCCUGCUCCACAGCGCCUCCUCCUGUCGACAUCACAGCUCCACAGCUCAGGCUUCUCCACCUGGAGACGCACAGGAGUUGGACCGAGUGUCCAGUCUGACCGACAUCAAACUCUCCUCUGGGGUCCAAAGGUCAACAGAGUUCUGCUGAGUCAUGCUAAGCUGCCCCAGGAUACUCGCCAUGCUCCGCCUUCUUGCUCCUUGUCCUCCUCCCUCCCCAGACCCAGAGCAUGCUCAAGCUCCGCCCUCCCUCCUGGUCCACAGAGUCUGUAUGCCACACUGACACGCCCCCGCCGUUCCACCACGACUAACGGUCACCAUGGUGAGGUCAGCAGGUCAGGUCACUGCCCUCGUCAGCAGCUCAGGUCGCCAGGUGAAGGCCCCGCCCAGCCUAUGCGCCUGGACGUGCCCCCUGAGGGUGACUGGCGUCAUGAUGCUGAGUACAGUACUGUGAAGCCCCGCCCCUCCUGUGACCUCCGUGACUCUCUCCGCCGGCUCCCUCCUCCUCGGAUCUGCUUGCUCUGUCGACAACUUCCUGCUGAGCUGCCACGCCCACUCUACUGUACCUGCAGCGCUGACGUGACUCAGCUCCGCCCACUCAGCUGAUCUGACCUGAAGAGAAGAUACGAGGAGUUCUGUGAAACGUGACGCGGUCAGAGCGCCUCCAGCUGCUGAGGACAUUAAAAAUACAUCUGUUUAAGUCCAUGAUGUUAGGACAUGAGGACGUCUUUGUCUCACUGUGAGACAAACGUUUGUAAACCACUCCCACAACAAAGUCCAGAGAGAAAAUCAGUGAUUUUAGGAGCUGCUGGUCCUCUGCUGCCUCGUGUGGUCACUUUGUGUCACUGAGUUUAGUCUAAAUGAAAUAUUUCAAAUGCUUAAUUCUCUUAAAUAAGAUGUUAUAGCUCAGUGAUGAAAAUCAGGGCUUUUCUCUGUGGACUUUGGUGUGGGAGAGUGAGCACUUUCAAAGUAACACAAUGCAGGAGUCGCUCUCUGGCUCCCCCUACAGUUGUUCAUAACAACGGUGGUGAAGUUGGGAUCAUGUGUUCAGAGCACGGAUCUUUGCAGGGAAUUGGUCCUGGAAAAGUCCUUGAAUUUGAUAUGAACCAAGGUGUGGGAACCCUGAUAUACAAGCUAACAUAUACUGAUAUGUAACUUAAAUAUAAGUGAUUUAACAAACCAAGAGAUGACAAGUUAACUAGUUACACUAACUAGUCCAACAGAACCAGCUCGUCCUCCGCUCUUAUUCUGCCACUGUCCUUAACCUUCUCAAAGAUGAACACAUGACUCCUCCCCCUCACUGUCACCUUGUUUACUUCCUUGUUGACAGUGAGGGGGAGGAGUCUAGCAGUUGUCACUUUAAAUGAUGUCCUGUAUGUGUUGUUGGACACAGGAAGUCCUCACACCUCAUCACAGGAAGUCCUGGUCAUAAACUUCUGUUAAUAGUCAUGAGUCAAUUAAACAGAUUAUAAUCUGACUAUACUCCAGAAUUAUAGGCCUAAUCUACUAUUCUACAGCAAAGUUUGCCUCCUUCUCUGUGAAGCCCCACCUUCUCUGUGAAGCCCCGCCUCCUCAUCUCUGCUUUCUCUUUGUUUGAGGAUUUUAGAUGAAUAGCUAUGAGCUUUUUUUUUUUAAGGUUUGCAGCUUAUAUGUAGCAUGGUGUUUUAUUUUGGCUGAGUCGCUGAGUUAUAAUAACAACAAUGAUAAUAAUAAUGAUUAUAUGCUGAUGUUUAUUAAAGCAGUGACUCUGACUCCUCCCACCUGGUGCUCCAGGUGAGUUUAAACAAACACACCUGAAGUCUCUGCUCAGAAUAUACUUAUAUUUUCACUUAAAGGGAUGAAGUAGAACAUGAAUAAAUGAACAUAUACAAUAUAUAUAUAUAUAUAUA